AUGGCGACAAAGGUCGUCCACCUAGAAGUCGUAUCCGAGUUGUCAACCUUUUUGGCCGCCUUUGAUCGAUUUAUUGCAUGCCAAGGCUCACCUCACGACGCAUUUUUUGACUGUGGUACUAAUUUCGUGGGAGCAGCCCAGUACCUCCGCACCCUGGUUAACGACCCGACUAUCCGGCACGCAUUAACAUCUCACGUAUCGUAUGUCUGGCACUUCAAUCCACCCAGUGCACCCCACUUCGGUGGCCUCUGGGAGGCUGCGGUACGGUCAUUCAAAACCCUCUUGAUGCGACUCGUUGGUGUCCAUACUUUUAGUUGGGAAGAGAUGACUAUCGCAUUGUGCCGCAUUGAAGCAGUGCUGAACUCUCUGCCGUUAACUCCGAUGUCAUCAUCUUCAAUGGAUGUGGACUACCUGACACCGGGAAAUUUCUUGAUUGGUCAACCUUUGUUGGCAGUUCCAAACGUGUCAAUAGCUGAAAGUUGUACUAGGGUAGUAAACAGGUGGAAAUUACUGCAUCAGUGCCAUCAGUCUUUUUGGCGCCGGUGGUCUACCGAGUAUCUGAGUUCCCUUCAAGUCCGAGCCAAGUAG